AUGUCAAAUUUUUAUGAAGAAUUGUGUUCAUAUUCUCAUUUGAUAUUUGAAGAUUGGAAUGUAUCUAUUGAACGACAUAGUUCUCAAUUGAAAAAUAUUAUUGAAUUAAAUUGGUCUCAACAUAAAACAAUCUUAGAUGUAUCUUGUGGAAUAGGUACACAAACUAUUGGCUUAUCUCAAAAAGAUUAUCAAUUAAUUAUUUCUGAUAUUUCUGUUAAUGAAAUCGAACAAGCAAGAAAAGAAGCUCAACAAUGUCGGCAAACAAACAUUUCAUUUUCUGUUUGUCAUAUGAUAACAGCUUUCGCACAUCAUAGUAGUAAUUCUGAUACAGUUAUAUCAUGUGAUAAUUUAAUUUCUCAUCUUCAUACUGAUAAAGAUUUUUUUUUGGCACUUAAAAAAAUAUAUUCUUGUUUACGGCCAGUUGAUGGUUGUUUGAUUACAAUUUGA